AUGGCUUAUCAUCACGACCAUCUUUCACACGAAAUCAACUUUCAACCAUUCACAGAAGAUCAACAGUUAAAUCAAAGCAGAGACAUGCAAAGGCUACUACCGUUCACCGGCGCCGGAGCUGGAUCAGCCCCGAACUGGCUCAACAACGCUGUAAACCUACGGCAACAGAAUUUCCUCCACUUGCAACCAGACACAUCGCAAAACGACGACGGAAGAGGAAUUCACAUGAUGGAGAAAAGCAGAGAUCGAAACCGAACGGAAAGCAGCAACAUAGAAUCAGAAGAGUUAUCACAAUACAAAGCAGAUAUUCUUGGACAUCCUCUCUACGAUCAGCUUCUAUCUGCUCACGUCUCGUGUCUGCGAAUCGCUACACCAGUCGAUCAGCUUCCGCGGAUCGACGCGCAGCUUCAGCAGACCCAGCGUGUGGUGGAUAAGUACUCCUCACUUGCUAAUGGUGUUGUAGAUGAGAAAGAGCUUGAUCAAUUCAUGACGCAUUAUGUUCUCCUGCUUUGUGCUUUUAAAGAACAAUUACAACAGCACGUCCGUGUCCAUGCCAUGGAAGCUGUUAUGGCUUGUUGGGAAUUGGAGCAGUCUCUACAAAGCUUGACUGGUGUAUCUCCAGGUGAAGGAACCGGUGCAACAAUGUCAGAUGAUGAAGACGAUCAAGCAGAGAGCAAUGCAAACUUAUACGAAGGAAGCCUUGAUGGCGGUGAUAGUCUCAGCUUUGGUCCACUUGUUCCUACUGAAAGUGAAAGAUCUUUAAUGGAACGUGUGAGGCAGGAGUUAAAGCAUGAGCUAAAACAGGGUUACAAGAGUAAGAUUGUGGAUAUAAGAGAAGAAAUUCUACGCAAGAGAAGAGCGGGAAAGCUCCCUGGUGAUACUACCUCCCUUUUGAAAGCUUGGUGGCAGUCCCACUCAAAAUGGCCUUAUCCUACUGAAGAAGACAAAGCAAGGUUGGUCCAGGAAACAGGACUUCAAUUAAAGCAAAUAAACAACUGGUUCAUUAAUCAAAGAAAAAGGAAUUGGCACACUAAUCCCUCAUCUUCCACUGGCUCCAAAACCAAGCGCAAGAGCAGUGGCGCAGGUGAAACAAGUAACCAGAGCUUCAUGUGA